AUCUGGCCGCGAUUAUUGGUGUCCAGUACUUAGUCAGCAGCACCAGCGAACACGCCCCGCGCGUGGUACAAACUGCAUUAUUGCAGUGAUCGAAGUAAUAAAAUAGUUGAAGUCCCACUCAAUCGGCACUCGUCAAGCAACAUACACAACUUUUUCCUGCCCAGUGGUAACAGCCCAAGAACAACAGCAGCACUCCGCUGACGGCAACGUCACGUAUACCGGCCAUCCCACGGACAAGCAGUAGCAAACCUGCGGCAACUCAAACAAAGCCUGCAGUGCUCGACACCGCGCCCCAAGAUACGACCGUGGAGGAGUCAUCGCAUGCUCUGGCAUUCUUGACCUGAUCAACACCAACACCUUCGUCGCCCGUGUAGCGGGCUCGCAGGAUGGCUCCAACGACGGCGUCGUUGACGCCAGGCCUAAGCAGUUUCCAAAGGGUUCUGUCCACGGAGCCUCUUGAAUCGUCUACCACAGUCUUGGUCUCGCUACUCAAGAGGCGGCAGAUCAAGGGCUCGAAACGAUGCGCUGUCGCAACCACCCUUCUUCUUCUGCGCACGGUCGAACUCACCAAGCAAGCCGACUCGGAGAGGCUGAUCCAGAGAGUAUCAGACGUGGGCAAGAAACUGAUAGAUGCGGCUCCGCAUGAACCGGCCGUGGGAAACAUCGUCCGCAGAGUUCUUGGGAUAAUCAGGGAUGAGGAUGAAGACGACCUGGCCAGCAACAUGACUACGGAUGCAAGCAGUCCUACGAGCGAAGCAGGGCAAGACCCUGUCGGCGUAGCGGGAGCGUCACAGUCGCUGCGAACCGGGUUGCAGGCGAUACAUGGCGGACUUUCCGCCAGACCAGAUGCCAGCGCCAGUCCAUCACCGCAACGAGGCACCACACGACCCCCUCUGAUGAGUUCCCACACCGGAGCCCCCGGGGGCGCCAGACCAGUCACAUCCAUGUUCAGCAUCAUCUCGCAUCCAACGAUGAGAAGCUCCGGCGUUGAUUCACCCACACAUCGCAGCGGUACUGCAACACCCCAGAUGACUGCAUCAGGGAUUCUGCCCAAUCUUCGCCCAGAGGUGAUCAAGGGCAUCAAGGAGAUCAUUGACGAGAUCAACGCUGCAGACGACGAAAUCUCCGCGGCCGCGCUUGAGCAGAUCCAUCCUCAGGAGACAAUAUUUACAUACUCGUCCUCGCUGACAGUCCAGCGGUUUCUGCUCAAGGCAGCGUCCAAACGCAAGUUCACCGUCAUCCACGCCGAAGCAUAUCCCAACAACCAUGCGAAGACGCACGCUCUUCUGACUGGCGCUCAUGAUGCUGUGGAGGAUGAAGAGAACUUGCCGAACGAGUCAUUUUCAAAACCUCUCACUUCGGCGGGUAUCACGGUGAUCCUGAUCCCGGACUCGGCCAUCUUUGCCGUCAUGUCUCGCGCUACCAAGGUCAUCUUGGACGCACACGCCGUAUUAACCAACGGUUCGCUGGUAGCAGCCUCAGGGAGUAAAGCUGUGAUCAAGGCCGCCCGGUUCCACCGGGUCCCUGUGCUCGUGGUUGCUCCAACCUACAAGUUGUCCCCCGCAUAUCCUUAUGAUCCGUACAAAAUGAUCGAGUACGGCGAUCCUCAGAAGGUCGUGGCCUUUCAGGAUAGCGAGCUACGCUUGGGUGUCGAGACAGGGGUGAGGAAUCCCCUGUUUGACUUUGUUGAGGCCGGGGAGGUGGACUUGUUCGUCACCAACCAGGUCCCUGCCGUCGUGAGUGCGGGUUAUCUCUACCGAGUGGUACGAGAGCAGUAUCACGACGAGGAUUUAGAACUCUGAGUAGCUCAUAUGACAUGGUUGAAACGUUCUCUGUGACUGAAUUGUCUGAAUUUUCUGAUCUUGCUCCGGAGCAUUGAUCGUCAGAGUUGCGAAACCAGCGAUUUCCCGUGCUCCUCGCAUCUUAUUCCCAAUGAUGCAUGUAUUACUCCAGCCAUCUCUGCCUUCCACUGUCUGCUGAGCACAAGUUCCGGCGCCUUAUGCAUGCAAUGGAGUGUCUCCAAUUCAAAUGACGCCAAACGAGUAGCCCAGCCACGCAUAGAAAUACGAGCCAUGAAUUGAACUCGGCAGGAAACAAAAAGAACAACAGCCCCAAAAACAGGGGUCGCCGCCAGAUUCUGGACGGUAAACCCAGAAGACCCGCGAGCGAAAACCAGCAAAUCGAGAUUUCUAUUCUUGUUUUGUUUUACAACUCCUUAUCCUCACCGACGCGCUGCCUCCUCAGCCGACCGGGACCAUUCUUCUCUUUCCCCUUCGCAGUCGACCUACGAUCCUUUUCGCCACGAACCCACUCGUAGACCGUGCCGUCCUCUUCAAACUCGGACUUCUCCAACAGCGACUGGGCCUCCAUAUCGGCCUCGAGCCUCUUGACCUCUUCCUCGAGGGCGUCCUCGCCGUUUUCGCGAAACCUCGUGACCUUGCGGACAUUGACGGCCGUGAGUUCAUGCAUGGGCAGGCCUUCCUUGCGUUGCCGCACGAGCGCUUUGGCAGUCAUGCUGAACCGCAUGUCGCGGGGCCCGUCGACCAGCGACAGGAUCGCCGACUCGCCCUGGUCGUCGCGGAUGGGCUCCUGCCGCAACACGCGCGUGUACCCGCCCGGUCGGUGUUCGUAGCGUUUUCGCAACACGGUGAAUAAUUUGUCCAUGUGUCGUUCAGGUUCCUGACGAAUAAAGAGUGCUAGACAAACGUACGAAAAAUAUGCUCUUGGCCCGCUGCCGAGCGGCGUUUGUGUUCUUCUUGCCCAGCGUGAUCAGUUUCUCCGCGAGGCGCUGCGCUUCUUUGGCCUUUGCGUACGUCGUGGAUAUCGAUUCAUUGGCGAUCAGGGAGGUCACUAGGUUGCGGAGGAGGGCUUGUCGGUGUGCCGACGGCCGGCUUAAGUGUCGGUAUUUUAUGGAUGACAUGCUGCCGUUUCGUUAUAUAGAGUCUCUGGACAGGGGAGUCUGGUGUGCCGCCGUCGAUUGCGCGGUCGGCGAUGGGGAUGGUUCCAGGCGACUUGGAGGAAAU